ACACACACACACACACACACACACACACACACACACACACACACACACACACACACACACACACAGCCCCGACUCUGCCGCUCUGCCUCCCGCUGCAGUCGCUCUCCGACGGCCUCCUGGAAUGAAAACAAGCGACAUUUAAACUGACUUGUAACGCCACUCUUUCUUUCUUUCACUCUUUCUCAAGCGACAGAAGACGAAAGAAACAAUCAGCAUGGGGGCAUACGAGGAGAAGAAGGAGACAUGUGGAACCAUCUGCCUGAAAUAUCUCCUUUUUACCUUCAACUUUCUGUUCUGGUUGGCAGGGGGCGUCGUCAUGGCAGUGGGUGUUUGGACCUUGGUUGAGAAGAGCGACUACAUCAGCCUUCUCUCCUCCAAGACCUACGCCGCCUCCGCCUACAUACUGGUCCUGGCUGGAGCCAUCGUCAUGGUAACCGGCGUGCUGGGCUGCUGUGCCACCUUUAAGGAGCAGAGGAGGCUACUGCGAGUGUACUUUGUCCUGCUGCUGUGCAUCUUCCUGCUGGAGAUCCUGGCUGGCGUCCUGGCUUACAUCUACUACCAGCAGCUGAACGAGGAGCUGAAGCAGAACCUGAGGGAGACGAUGGUUCAGAAGUACCAGCAGAAGGAGCAGGAGCACGUCACCCGAGCCGUGGACAAGCUGCAGCAGGAGUUCAAGUGCUGUGGGAGCAACAGUUCAUCAGACUGGGCCGAGAGCGCCUGGAUCCGCUCCAUCAAGGCCGACGGCAGAGUGGUGCCUGACAGCUGCUGCAAGAGCCGCACCGACGGCUGCGGCCGCAGGGACCACCCAUCCAACGUCUACAAGGUGGAGGGUGGCUGCAUCACUAAGCUGGAGAACUUCAUCCUGGACCAUCUGAAGAUCAUCGGCGCGGUGGGUGUCGGGAUCGCCUGUGUGCAGAUCAUAGGGAUGGUGUUUACCUGCUGCCUGUAUCAGAGUCUAAAGGCAGAGCCGUACUAGGGACCAGAGGAGGAAUAGAUUGUGGAUGAGGGAGGCAGACAGAACCAGUUGCGGCGCCCCAGAGCGGUGUAAAGAUCAGCGGACUGAAACUGCACGUUGCAGAAAUCGCUAAUCCAGGUUGCCGCCGCUUUGCUUUCACAGCAGCCUGGUUUUAAUGAGCUGGAGUCCACCUCCGGGGCCCACUUCCACUCCAGCAACAACAUUUCACUUUCAUGUUGAGUAGCCGAUCAUGCAUCUUAAAUAGUUGUUUUAUAGUAGCUCUUAAGCCUUUCCACUGUUAGUUUUUAUAUUUUUGUAAAUGAUAUUUUCUCAGUCACACACGAGGUGCCGCCUUAUGAGCUAUUAGUCUUAUUGCCUAUUGGCUGUUCAUGGUGACAUUUUUUUUUUUUAUCGUUUUCUUAUCACGACCCUGAAUGCAACAUGUUGACAGUAACACAAGGCGUUCAGCAUCUGUUAAAUGUCUUGCUAGCCGGUGUUCUCCAUGUUGGUGCAGUGACUUCAAAUUACAGCCAACAUCAUGUUUUGUUGGAUCUCAUGAUCGCCAUGACAGCUGAUCGGUGUAAACCAGUUAUUCUGCCUUAUUUCACGUGACCACGUUAAUGGCACAAAAAGCCAAACUGCUGAUCCGGCUCAUAAGAAGGUGCCUCUGUGUCUUUUUUUUUAUACAAGGGAUUUAUCUACUGAUGCCAAAGUUGUGUAAGGAGCUGCUGUGGCUCCGUCAGGCCUUUCCCACCUUCUCUACUGAUGUCUUACUUUACCUUUUUUUAGAUUGUUUUUUCCAAAAUGAAGAUUGUGUUUACUUUUCUAUAGAUCAUGAAUAUUUUAUUGUAUUUAACGGACAAAGCGGGGGGAGAUGAUUGUCGCCCGCUUCUAGUACGAAUCUUUUCCAUGUGUGCCUCAGAAAUACCACUAAAUGAAUCCAAAAACAAAAAACCUGCUGUAGUGCUGUCUUUUAUUUUGAAUAAACAUCAUUCAACACA